AUGUCUACCAAAAUUAGGGCAUCGAAGAAACAACCACCGUCUUUGUUUACGUCACUUCCCAAAGAUAUCAUAGUUGACAUCACAGCGCGUGUACCGAGAUGCCACUAUCCAACACUCUCUCUUGUUUGUAAGCACUUCCGGUCACUUGUUGCGUCGCCUGAGCUAUACACGAGUCGAUCCCUGUUGGGCUUCGCCAAACCGUGUCUCUACGUUUUCCUCUUAAACAACAAUGCUGAUGAUGAUCUCCGUUGUUAUAUUCUCCACCGGAAAACUAACCGCCGCCGGAAAACUAACGGCCGCUUGGUCAUUAUCCCUUUUCUUCCCACUAUGCCUAACAAUGUAAGGUACGUGGCGGUGGGCUUGAAGAUAUAUGUGUUUGGUGAGACUGAUAAGGAUCACAAUAUGACAGCGAGUGCCAUAACAAUCGAUUGUAUAUCUCACAAGGUGCAAACCCUCCCGAGCAUGCCUAUCCCUUUAGCUGGUACAGUCGUCGAUUUCAUCGAUGGGAAAAUAUAUAUAAUUGGAUACUGCGAUAAAGAGUGGAAGAAGAUUAAAAUGGUGGUGUUCAAUACAACAACACAAAUGUGGGAGCCAGAGAUAAUAAAGCCCGAAAUGGAAAUAUGUCCGGUGCUACCUGGUCAUGUGGUGGUGAUGGCUGAUAAUAUGUAUGUGAAAGGUAAUGAUAACACCUUUGUUUACGAUCCAAAGGAGAGUACAUGGGGAACAGACGAGAUGCUAAAUUCAAAGAGGUGGGUGCGAUCGUGCGUUGUUGAUGAUGUAUUGUACUAUUACGAUGGGAGCAAGUUAAGAACGUAUGAUCCAAAGAAGAGGUGUUGGGGAGUGGUUAAGGGUUUGAGAGAAUUGUUGUUUGAUAGGAGAUGUUCAGGUUGGUCAGAGACUGUGAGUUACGGUGGGAAACUGGCUUUGCUUUUCCGUAAACAGCUAUUGAAAUUAAACUUGAUUUUGAUCAAGGUUUAA